GUUCAGUUCGAAUCUUUUUAAUCGAUUCAAGCACAUCGUAUAAACGCGACAAAACGACGGAAAUAUGAUGAGCCCGUUGGACUAUCUGCAUGUCACUUUGCUGCUCAUUGGCCCACUUGCCAUUCUCAUCGGAUGUGGAGGAAAGAAAAAAGCACCACCACCAAAGUCGGCAUCCAAGAUGACUGCUCCACCUGCUCCUGCAUCAGCGCCUCCCGCUGCUCCAGACGCAGCCCCUGCUGCUCCUGAUGCUGCAGCUGCACCAGCUGAUGGCGAGAAGAAAGAUGGUGAUAAGAAGAGUGAGAUGAAGGAAGGAGAGGAAAAGAAGAACGAAAAAAAGGAAGGAGAUGAGAAGGACGAAAAGAAGGAUGAGGAGAAGAAGGAUGGAGAUGAUAAGAAGGACGAAAAGAAGGACGACGAUAAGAAGGACGAGAAGAAAAGCGACAAGAAAGAUGAAAAGAAGGAUGACAAGAAAGAGAAGGAUGAGGAGAAGAAGGAUGACAAGAAAGAAGACGAGAAAAAGGAUGAUGACAAAAAAGAUGACAAGAAGGAAGCCAAGUCCAAGUCCAAGAAGUCCAACAAAUCCAAGAAAUCCAAGAAGUCGAAACGAGAAAAGAAGGAUGAUAAGAAAGAUGAGGAUAAGAAGGACGACGACAAAAAGGAUGACGACAAGAAAGAUGAUGAGAAGAAAGACAACGAGAAAAAGGAAUAAACAUUUCUUGGCCGAUCUCUUCAAAUUCGAACUUCUAAAGUCAAUAAAUGUCUUAUUUUGAAAUG